ACUAGAAGCCGAGAGAGUCGAAACAGGAGGAACUUUUCCUCCAUCGAAGCCUGAUUCUCCUCCUCGUCGUGUAACAUGGUCGUGUGUCGUCCCAUCGACAGUGCACAUCGGUAGACGGGGACGCACUCGCGUAUAACCUCUUCGCUGGUUUGCGUCCACCUUUGCAUCCGUCGAAAUGUAAUAUUCAAUUUAACUAAGACACAACACGUAAACACCGUCGAAGAUGAGGAACGACAUCACGGACAUGCACACAGCGAACGCUGAUAGCAGCACGGACGCCAUAUGGCUCGAGAAAAGAAGGAAUCCGUCGCAGACGGCGCCCGAUCAAGUGUCACUCAGGUUUGAUAAGGUUGUCGUUAAAGAAGAACUUCCCGAUGAAGCGGAAAUCCGAGAAUUGGCUGCCAAAAUGGUGGAAGCAAACAAAGCGAAAAUGGUGUGCGGGGUGCCAGGGGCACCGCAGCAACGGCCUCCUCAGUGUCUCCUUCCGCAAACGAAUCUUCCUGGUAUCUUAGGAUAUUUGAAUAAAAGGCCAGCCGAUUCGUCCACCGGCGUCACAACGAAACCCUCCACGGCGGAAGGAAAACUGCCGCCCGAUGACGACAGUCAAAGAGGCCGAUUCGGGUGGACGAGUUUCGAUGACUGUCACAUACCGUACAUAUUUCGCUCGGGCGAGAAGUAUUGCGCUGUACGGAUCCUAGAAUCUAAGCUACUGAACAAGUACCUGAGCUAUCUGCACUCGGACAUCUACAGUUGCACAUGCAUACGGAGUUAUUAUAUCACCGAAGCAGAGAGUAAACUGUUCACCGAGAUCAACGUGAAACAUUGCGAGAAUCAAUUCGGUCGUGAACAAUUCACCUGUAAAGACUUGGUGGUACGGCUUUCGGACGCGAAGGAAUUUUACACCUUUCUGGACGUGUGUUACACAAAAUUGACGGCCGGCACUAAUCCUAACGUGUCCGGUGGUCACAAAGCCGACAAAUGCGGUUUUAUUCGAAUAAACAAGGAAUCGGUAGUUCCUUACACGGUGAAGGACGAUCUACAAUACGUUCCCCUGUUUUAUUUCGAGGGCGAGACCGAGAAUCUGAAACUGAAAGCGGAGAAGCUCGAAGGUUGGGACCUGUCGUAUUUAAAGUUUUGUUGCAAAGUACAGGGUAUACGUAACGAACUGUUUGCGAGUGAGACAUGCUCAGUGAUUAGUUUGAAUGACAUUAAAAGUUACUUCCCACCCGGGACCGGGUUCGAGGAUUAUUGGCCGACCAAAGUUAUGGACUCUCAGUUGUUAGUGAAUAGUAAAGGUGGCGGUGGUGGCGGUGGCUGGACAAAACAACCACCGACACCGCCUGCGACGAAACCUGUUUCUGUGCAAAAUAACGUAAACAAACCGACACUUAACGCGCGUGCUGCACCUUUGCAUAAUCUGUUACCGCGUGGACCAGUUGCCAAUACGUCCCAAGUACAACGUGGUGUUAGCCAGCCGAGGCCCGUCGCGACUACGCAUCCCGCGCAUCCUUCGCCGACGGCACUGUCUUCCGGACGACCAAACAUUGUAUCGCAACCAAUGUUGAACACGGUGCAGAACGUGAACGGGUGGACGGGACUUGUCGGUGGUCAGCCUACUUUCCAAACGGCGCUCGUUUCUCAGGCGAAUUCCAUUAUACGAAUGCCGUCGUCCUUAAACAUGCACAAUCAAAUAUCUGCACAACAAAAAACUUAUACACAACAAUCAAGUAGGAGUAGAGGGGGUGGCGGCAAUACAGCAACUCAGUAUCCUGGAGUAUAUCCAGUUACAACUAUGCAGGCUGUUGUUCAGGCCCAACCACCCCCUCUUGUAAGAGCAACAGUCCAUUCCAGUCAACCUAAUCUUGGUUAUCCAACCUAUGGGAAGGAUGACUGGGUUACAUCUACAUAUACCACACCUAGCUUAGGUGUACCUAAUGCUGUCACUGCAAGUACAUACCCUCAAAUGCUUGGUCUAAGUGAACAAGUACAAGCUCUGAUGCCGACCCCUACUUCAGCACCCACAUUGUUGCAUCCACAGAGGCAUACACCAUCUGUACACAACACAUCUCAUACAAAAUAUCCUCCACCAUUAAUACCAGUUAAUGGUAGCAGUAAUAGUUCCAGAGAUUCAAGAGGUCGAAAGCCACUGAUACCAAUCCCAGAGACGCAUAUAUCAACCUGUCAAGUUCAACCUUAUCAAAUUCAAAAAGCACUGGUCGAAGACAAAAUGGUACCUUGUAUUAAUUUCAAGCCAUAUAUCUAUUCCGAAUUGUUGAUGACGCUUCCUGACUUCGUCGCUCAGUAUUUUCCUGCCUGUAGCAUCAAUAGUUGUCGACAAGUCCUUACGGAUGUCUUGCACAUAGACUUAUAUCAAGGAAACAGGUUACAAAUGAAAAUGUUAAUGGAAGCAGGGAAGUGUUCAUCUCUAAACGAAGAGCUACCUUUAAUACAAGUAAAAAGUAUAAUGAAAUACAUGCCCCAACUAAAGUACAUGUUCAAUGCAGACAUGGUCAUGCCAGUACCGGCCCAUUCCUCUGAGGAACACCAAGCUAAAAAGCGGCAACGCACUAGCUAGGACUGGCUACAGCCUUACUGGCCUACUUAUGACUAUUAUCAUUCGGCGUUCUAAAUGAACCCGAUCAUUUUUGACUCAUGUGUAACAAAGCAGAAUUACGUGUUCUGAGGAAACGUAAAACACAGAUGAAACUAUAUUGACGUCAUGUGCCAGAGAGA